AUGAAAAAAUUGAUUCAUUAAAAAGGUCUCCUUCCAGCCAAACCUUCUUAAAAUGAUUUAUUAAACGAAGCAAGACAAGCCUUUUUAAGAAAAUAAAAAACAUAAAAAGAAUAAGAAUAAAUCGAAUUAUUUAUGCUAUCAUUAAGUUUCGUAUAAAAAUUGAAAACAUAAUAUGGACCACUUAUAGUAGCUGAUCUAUGUCGAAAUCUAUCUUAUUUAAGAAUUCCUGCAGGUACACAAAGUAAAAUAUUAAUAAAGUUUAGUCAUUUAAAUCAAUAAAGAAAACAGAACUUUUUAUGUAAUCUUAUCUGGCAAAGUAAGUAUUAGUAUUUAUGUUCAAAAAGGAUAAAGGAGAAGUUCAUUAAAAAUUGCUUAAAACAACAAUAUAACUUAGCAUUCUAGUCUUUAGUAAAUUUAAUAAGGUUCAACAUAAGGUACAAUUCACUCAUAACCAUCUCUAAAAGGCGAUGAAGAUGCUUUUAGCCUUUAAGAGAUUAAAACACUUGAAUAAGGCGAUUCUUUUGGAGAAUUAGCCUUAAUAAAAGAUAAUCUUAAAGCAACAGCAACAGUCACAACUAAAUCAGAUUGUGAGUUUGGAUGUUUAACUAGAAAAUAAUAUAUAGACAUUCUAGGAAAAAUCAGUAAAGUUAUUAUUAUAUUUAGUUUAGAAUUUACAUCAUGAAAAACUAGUGUUUCUUUAAACAAUUCCUCCAUUAAAGUAUUGGAAUGAUGAAGACUUAAAAUAAUUAUCUUAUUACUUGGUGUUGAAGCAUUAUGUAAGAAAUUAAAUAGCUGUUGGAGAAGGAGCAGAUAAUUCUUAGAUUUUUAUUGUAAAAUAUGGAGUAUUUCAUGUUUUAAAAUAAUAUCAAGGAUAAUAACUUAUCUUAAGUGAACUUUAAGAAUCAGAAAUCUUUUAUUAAAAUCCUAGCGAAUUAAAAUAUAAAUUUUCUCUUAGAUGUGCCUCUGAUGGUUCUAGUUUAUAUGAAUUUUCACAUUAUGACUUCAAAAAAUAUGGAGAAAAUAAUAAUUUAGAAGAGUUCAUUUAUUUAGAAUAAUAAAAAUAAACUUGGAGAUUGAAAAAAUUUGAAGAAAGAGUUUUUGAUUUUAAAGAUGUACAUAAUCAUGAAUUAGAACUUUUUGAAACUAAAAUAGAGUUUAAGAAAACAAUUAAAUUAUAUGAAGAUCUAAAAAUUAGAUGUAAAUCUGCCAAAAGAAAAAAAAGUCCUUUUAAAGUGGAAGAAAAUGCUAUUUAAAAAACACAAAGAUAAGCUUAAUUGGCUCUUAAGAAAAAUUAAAUUCUUAGAUUUGGAGAUGAUUCAAGUGAAAAUUCUUUCACUCUUCCCGCUAUCAGAAGCACUUCAAGAAAAAAGAUUUAUGUAGAUUUAAUUGACACAGAAAAAAGUUUUGAAACGCUUGAUUAAUAUAAUAUUGGAGAUAGUGAAAAAUAUUAAUUAUAUUUUGACUAAUCACAUCCUUGGAGAAACAUAAAUCAAAAGAAAAAAACGUUUAAUUGA